GGGUUUCUUCCCUUCGUUGUUGCGCCGUCCCCUCCGCUACCCCGCACUCCACCUCCGAAGCUAUCGUCUCCGGCGGCAGAAGCGGCAGCGGCGAGAUGGUGAAGGGGCGCACGGGGCAGCGCGUCAGGCUCUACGUCCGGGGCACCAUCCUCGGAUACAAGAGGUCCAAGUCGAACCAGUACGAGACCACGUCGCUGGUGCAGAUCGAGGGGGUGAACACCAAGGAGGACGUCGCGUGGUACGCCGGGAAGCGCAUGGCGUACAUCUACAAGGCCAAGACCAAGAGCAACGACACCCACUACCGCUGCAUCUGGGGCAAGGUCACCCGCCCACACGGCAACUCCGGCGUCGUCCGCGCCAAGUUCAAGUCCAACCUGCCGCCGGAAUCCAUGGGGCGCAAGGUCAGGGUCUUCAUGUACCCCAGCAGCAUCUAAAAGAUAAUUUCAAGGUGUGGACGAUCGUGCUUAUCUGUUAGGUUUUAUCUUGAGCUAAAAAGUUCCUUGUAAGGGGUCUGUUCAGGUUGAGAGUUAGCAACUUGAAUUGUCUAUUUGAGAACCCUUCGAAAGUUCUCCCUGGUUUUGGUGUUGUGGACCACUUAAAUCAUUAUAUGGAGUUGAAGUUAGAACUGAAAAGUAACUUGUCAUAUUUUGUUCGUUGCCCA